CUGUGUGAUUGAUAAAGAGCCACGGAUCUGUGCAGUCUCAUAAAUGGAAAAACCACCGACCAUGGGAAUUUCUCUUCCAAGUCUCUUUUGCCUGAUUCUUGUUGGGAUCACAAUAUCCUGCCGUGCCCAAGACACGUGUCCUGAUGUAAAACUCAUUGGAGUUGGAGAAUCAGAAAGAAUGGCAAUUCUAAGAGGGUGUCCGGGGUCUAUGGGAUCCCCAGGGCAAAAGGGAGAAGCAGGGACACAAGGAACCAAAGGGAACCCUGGAAUCCCUGGAAUGUUGGGCCCCCGUGGUGAGAAAGGAGACAUUGGGCCUCCUGGACUCUUGGGGCCACCUGGCGAGAGAGGAGACCCUGGAAUCCCUGGAAUGUUGGGCCCCCGUGGUGAGAAAGGAGACAUGGGGCCUCCUGGACCCUCAGGGCCACCUGGCGAGAGAGCUGCUAAGAACUGUAUGGAGCUGCUCAAUUAUGGAGUCUUAUUCACCGGCUGGUACACAAUCUAUCUGGAUGGUAAUAAGCCUAUAAAGGUUCUCUGUGACAUGGAUACAGAUGGAGGGGGAUGGAUAGUGUUUCAGAGACGAGUGGACGGUUCUGUGGAUUUUUACAGAGACUGGAAAUCCUACAAACAAGGUUUUGGCAGCCAACUGAGCGAAUUCUGGUUGGGAAAUGAGAACAUUCACCGCCUUACGUCCUCAGGGAAUUUCCAACUGCGCUUCGACCUGGAGGAUUUCGACAACAAUCGAACCUACGCCACCUACAGCCAAUUCCGACUGGAGCCUGAGUCUCAGAAUUACACCCUACGUUUUAGAGAAUUCACUGGGGGCCCUGCAGGAGACUCCUUGUUUACUCACAAGGACAGAGCAUUUAGCACAAAGGAUGCGGAUAAUGAUCCAGCCAGUAAAACUAACUGUGCAGAACGGUACAAAGGGGCCUGGUGGUACGAGAGUUGUUACCAUUCCUGUCUGAAUGGGGAAUAUAUGCGAGGACAACACGAUAAAGCAGAUGGAGGAGUCCACUGGGCCAAAUUCAGAGGGGUUAAUUACUCCCUGAAAGUGUCUGAAAUGAAGCUCCGCCCAGAAAAGUAACAGGAAAUCACUUGAUUAUUAUCUGUUAAUUUUAUAAAUUGAUUCCAAGGGCGCCAUUAUUCUGUACUGUGCUAUUCACUGACAAAUGUUUGAAUUUUUUUUUAAAUAAAAAAAACAUGCAUUUUA